CCCAGAGAGAGCGAGCGAGCGAGCGAGAGCACACCUGUGCGAUCCACCUGAACCUGAGAGAGUGUGUAGAAGCGGACAUACAGAAAGACAGCGCUCUCCUGCCUCGCUCUGCCUACCAGUCCGGGAUGAUUUCACGUCCAUACUGACAACUACUUGGUUACCCCAGUCCUGCCAAGGAGGAUCCGCUAUCACUCCCUUGUCUGUCAGUGCACAGGGAGCAUCCCAACUUCAUUGCCUUCUUGUCCAGGGCCAGCUGAAGAAUGGCAGAUCCCGCAAACAGCUGGUGGAAACUGACGUUCCUCCGCAAGAAGAAGUCAGAGGCCAAAGUUCUGUACGAGAUCCCAGCCGAAUAUGGCAGCAACCUCGAGAACACAGAAGCCGGCACAGAGGACAGCCAGUUCAACGCCCGGCUGGAGAAGAUUGUGGACAAGUCAGCUACCAAGGGCCGCCAUGUCAAAGUGUCCCACUCGGGCCGCUUUAAAGAGAAGAAGAAAGUGCGAGCCUGCUUGGCUGAAAACCCCAACCUGUUCCCCGAGCACGUGGACUGUGAGAAUCACAAAGAGGAGAAAUAGGAGGAUAUGAGCGAGAGGCAAAAAAAAGACAUGACCACUCCAGGCGUGAGGACCUCCAUUAGAUCAGACCUUCAAGGAUUCAGGUCCUUAAUGUGAUCUUGUGGUCUUUCAGGAUGGAAAGCCAUAAAGCUUUUGAAAGACGAAGUCCACACCAAGACCUGGAGGUAAAACUUGUACCAAGAAUCAGGCCCACCUUGGCUGAUUUUCAGUGCCUCUUAUUCUUAUGUUUAUUACUGCAUUACAAGGACAGCACUGGUCAUCACGAUUGCGGUGGUAAGCCCUUCUUAUGGCGCUUUUUAGUUCUUUGUCUGCAUUAAAAAAAUGAAUAAAUUAAACUCACCAACAAGGACAGGAAAGUGAUCCAAGUCUCCGGCCUCACCAGAAUCUGUGUGUGAAAAUAGAAAAAAGAAAAUGACUGUGCUUGUUGUGCUGAGAGGACCGCUCUAAUAAAGCAGAAAGCGCUCAGAAGAUGAACGAUAAAACGACGUCCUUAAAACAGGAUGAACCAAAUAAAACCGCAAGAACAAAAGUUAUUAUUUAAAAAAAAA